AUGAGCGCGGAGAGUGCCGGGCUAGGGGGUCGCCCUGCUGGAGAUGAGAUGCCAGGGGAUCCACCGGCAGGGAUGGGGGGGUUCGGCAUGGGAGUGGGGACUGGAGGAGGAAUUGGUGGUGUGGACGGGGGAGUGGGGAGUGGAGGAGAGAUUGGUAGUGUGGGCAAGGGAGCGAGGACUGGUGGAGGGAUUGGUGGUGUGGGUGUGCAAGUGGGGAGUGGAGGAGGAUUGGUGGUGUGGGCAUGGGAGUGGGGACUGGUGCAUAAAUUGGUGGUGGGGGUGUGCAAGUGGGGAGUGGAGGAGGGAUUGGUGGUGUGGGCAUGGGAGUGGGUAGUGGAGGAGGGAUUGGUGGUGUGGGCAGGGGAACGGGAAGUGGAGGAGGGAAUGGUGGUGUGGGUGUUCAAGUGGGGAGUGGAGGAGGGAUUGGUGGUGUGGGCAUGGGGGUGGGUAGUGGAGGAGGGGUUGGUGGUGUGGGCAGGGGAGUGGGGAGUGGAGGGAUUGGUGGUGUGGGAGUGCAAGUAG